AUGUCUGAACCCUCCGCCAUCGUCCCAAGCUCAAGCUCAGGCUCGACCAAGAAAAAGGAAAAGGAGGUACAAUUCAAAGGGCAAUCUCGUAUCGAGGGGGUCUGCCACUGGUGCAAACGGGAAGAAAUCCCAGGUCAGAAGCGCUUCCAAGCUUGCGGGCAGUGUAAAGAGAUCAUUUAUUGCGCGACAUGUAAACAGAAUGCUGAGAUGAGAAUGGCUGCCCAGGCCGCAAGCCCGGACAUCGCAAAAGACAUUGCUACAUUCAAGAAAUGGCAUGCAUGCCACGGUGAACUAUUCAAACAUGCUAUCGUAUGUGCCCUGGACCUGGGCAAAAACCCCAAGAACUACGAUAAAAGCAUGUUACUUGUGGAAGUCAGGCCGAGGAAGGAUCACGCAAAGUUGUCAGUGAACCGAAAAUACGAACUCGCCGCAGGAUGCAUUCUCACCAUGGAGGAGGUCCGGGGCAUGUUGGGCCCGUCUGGCGAGCCCAUGCUCGAUUCUUUGAAAGAGGAGAGUAAAUUCAUGCAGAAGAAGGGAGGCAUUGGAAUGGCUGCCAUUAUCUUGGAAAUGGGAGGAAUUGUCGAUCUUGUCAAGGUGAUCCUCCCCAAACCAGACGGUGCUGCUCUCAUGCAAAGAGUAAAUAAUUGGGGGAGCGAAUGGUUUGUAAACCUCGCUGGAGGAGUGCUGCAUGCCUGA